AUGUCAUGGACACAUGCAUUUGAUGGCUCACCCGACGCCGAGCUCAAAAGCACCCUACCAUCAGACUUCCACUGGGGCUUCGCUACUGCGGCUGCUCAAGUCGAAGGCGCCUGGAACAAAGAUGGCAAAGGCGAAUCAAUAUGGGAUAGGUUCUGUCACACACCUGGCAAAGUAAAAGAUGGAAGCACCAACGAAGAUGCAACAUGUGCUUAUGAUCUCUACAAGCAAGACGUUACACUCAUGAAGAGCUUCGGUGUCACUGCAUACCGCUUCUCGUUGGCUUGGUCGCGACUAAUUCCACUUGGAGGCGCUGAAGAGCCGGUGAACGAAACGGGUGUGGAGUAUUACAACAAUCUUAUCGACGAACUGGUAACGAAUGGAAUUACCCCCUUCGUCACACUCUUCCAUUGGGAUACACCACAAGCCCUAGAAGAUCGAUAUGGAGGCAUGCUCAAUCAAGACAAGUACACGACCGACUUCGUACGCUACGCACGCCUCUGCUUCGAGCGCUUCGGCGACCGCGUGAAACACUGGAUUACUUACAACGAGCCUGGCGUCUACACACUUGCUGGCUACGCAGCAGGCGUCCAUGCCCCAGCCCGAAGCUCGUUCCGCGAUCGCAACGAUGAAGGCGACAGCUCGACUGAGACCUUCAUUGUCGCGCACACCGAGCUUGUCUCGCACGCACACGCCGUGAAAGUGUACCGCGAAGUAUUUAAGGAGAAGCAAGGAGGUCAGAUCGGCAUCACACUGCACGGCAACUACUCGGAGCCUUGGGAUGCCAAUGAUCCGAAGGAUGUCGCGGCUGCACAGCGCGCACGCGAGUUCGAAAUAGCGUGGUUCGCAGACCCGAUCUACGGACAUGGCGACUAUCCCCGGUCAAUGCGAGAUCAGCUUGGCAAUCGCCUCCCUUCAUUUACAGACGAGGAAAGGGCUUUGGUCAAAGGAAGUUCUGAUUUCUACGGCAUGAACACAUACACUACCUUUUUUGUGCGGCAUCUCGACGGACCAGCAGAUAUCAAUGAUCACUUAGGCAACGUGGAGAAACUCGACACAAACUCCGAGGGAAAGAGCAGAGGCGCGGAGAGCGAUACUUAUUGGCUGCGCACAGCACCUGAAGGCUUCGGGAAGCUGCUGCGUUGGAUCUGGGACAGGUACCAUGUGCCGAUCUACAUGACGGAGAAUGGGACCACUGCGAAGGGCGAGCAUGUCGAAGCGCCUCCACCGGAGCGUGUGCUGAAUGACACGUUCAGGGUUGAGUUCUUCCACAGCUAUCUUCGCGAGUUGGCGCGCGCGGUGCAGGAUGGCGUUGACGUUCGUAGCUAUUUUGGCUGGACAUUCACUGACAACUGGGAGUGGGCGGCAGGGUAUGAGGAUCGGUUUGGGUGCACCUGGAUUGAUUUCAAGAGUGAGCACAAGACGAGGUAUCCGAAACGGAGCUCGUACUUCUUGAGAGACUACUUUAGGCACUUGAUCAAGGGAACAUGA